AUGAUUGCAUUAGAGCACUGUUAAUAACUAUUAGAGCUUUACAUUCUAGAAUAUAGUGAUCCUGAUUAAAUUUAUGUUUAGGAUGAUGAACCAGUAUAUAAGAAUUUAAACUAAAGAAAAUACCAGUUUUUGAUAGACACACUACACAACAUGUCUAAUCUAUCUUAUAGAUACGUAAAUCAAUCAAACUAAAAGAUAUUUCAUCUUAAUAAGUAAUUGAUAUCAAAAAAGAAUAUGGUUUAUUUGAAACAUAUGAUCCUAAACCAUAACUCUUAGUUAUUGAUAGAGAUAAAUCUGAUGAUAAAUAUCGAUUAGAGGCAAUGAAGAAAAAAAAAGAUAGAAGAAAUGUUAAACUUAGAGAUCAAAAUUUACCUUAUAACGAAUUCAUACAUCCUGCAAGAUAAAUUUAAGUUAAAUUAUUAUUAUCAAAAAAACCAUUAAAAGAUUAUUAAGUUUAUGAUUCCGAUGGCAGCAUUAUGAGAAAGAGAGAAUAAGUCAAAUAAUUAAGUCCAAUAGUCAAUGCAGUGAAAAGUAAAUUAUAAGGAAGAGUUGAUAAAUAAAAAUCAGAAGCUGUUGCUGAAGAAAAUAUUAUAAACUAAUAAGCAUUGUUUAAAUUAAAAGUUUAAACAAAAGUCAAAACAUAAUAUGAUGAACCCUAUAAUUUUGAAGGUUUUCCUUUGAAACCAGGAGUUAAAUUAACAUUUACUUAAGAAAAUAAGAAAAAAGAGGAAGAAAAAGUUAAUAAUGAAGAAGAAGAUUUAACUGAUGCUGACACCUAUUAACUCUAAUAAUUUAUUAGAAAACCAAGUUAUACCACAUUACCUUUAUUUAAAUUACCAAAAAAAAAACAGAAUUUAAGUCAUGAAAGAUCAUUUCGUACUAUAAGAUAAAAUAAAGCCUUUGAUUAUUUUUGA